CCCAACUGGCAGGGACAGCUGCGGACAGCGGCCGGACCAGCUUUGUUCCCAGGGUGGCACCCGCUCCCCAGCCAGGCCCUGCGGCUCCUCAGGACUCGGUAGGCAGCUGGCCCCGGGGGUCCCCCGCCGUGGGUGCCUAGAGGCACGGAGCCACGAGGGUCUCUCCGCAGGGCGCGGGGGGCUCUGGGAGGAUGGGGCAGGACCAGACGAAGCAGCAGAUCGAGAAGGGGCUCCGGCUGUACCAGUCUAACCAGACGGAGAAGGCGCUGCAGGUGUGGGUGAAGGUGCUGGAGAAGAGCUCGGACCUCGUGGGGCGCUUCCGAGUGCUGGGCUGCCUGGUCACAGCCCACUCAGAGAUGGGCCGCUACAAGGAGAUGCUAAAGUUUGCUGUGGUGCAGAUCGACACGGCUCGGGAGCUGGAGGAUGCAGACUUCCUCCUGGAGAGCUACCUGAACCUGGCGCGCAGCAAUGAGAAGCUGUGUGAGUUUCACAAGACCAUCUCCUACUGCAAGACCUGCCUCGGCCUGCCCGGCACCAGGGCGGCCGCCCAGCUCGGAGGCCAGGUCAGUCUGAGCAUGGGCAACGCCUUCUUGGGCCUCAGCCUCUUCCAGAAGGCCCUGGAGAGCUUCGAGAAGGCCCUGCGCUACGCCCACAACAACGACGACGCCAUGCUGGAGUGCCGCGUCUGCUGUAGCCUGGGCAGCUUCUACGCCCAGGUCAAGGACUACGAGAAGGCCCUGUUCUUCCCCUGCAAGGCUGCAGAGCUCGUCAGUGACUACGGCAGAGGCUGGAGCCUCAAGUACCGGGCCAUGAGCCAGUACCACGUGGCUGUGGCCUAUCGCCUGCUGGGCCGCCUGGGCAGCGCCAUGGAGUGCUGUGAGGAGUCUAUGAAGAUUGCGCUGCAGCAUGGGGACCGGCCACUGCAGGCACUCUGCCUGCUCUGCUUCGCUGACAUCCACCGGAGCCGUGGGGACCCGGAGACAGCCUUCCCCAGGUACGACUCCGCCCUGAGCAUCAUGACCGAGAUCGGAAACCGCCUGGGGCAGGUACAGGUGCUGCUGGGUGUGGCCAAGUGCUGGGUGGCCCGGAAGGCGCUGGACAAGGCUUUGGAUGCCAUUGAGAGAGCCCAGGCCCUGGCCGAGGAGGUGGGGAACAAGCUGGGCCAGCUGAAGCUGCACUGCCUGAGCGAGCGCAUCUACCGCAGCAAAGGGCUGCAGCGGGAGCUGCGCAGCCAGGUCGUGCGCUUCCACGAGUGCGUGGAGGAGACCGAGCUCUACUGCGGCCUGUGCGGCGAGUCCAUCGGCGAGAAGAACCGCCGGCUGCAGGCUCUGCCCUGCUCCCACAUCUUCCACCUCAGGUGCCUGCAGAACAACGGGACGCAGAGCUGCCCCAGCUGCCGCCGCGUGUCCAUGAAGCCCGGCUUCGUGUGAGCCCAUCAGGCCGCGGGCUUCCACCUCCCCUCGCCCGCCCCUUCUCCGUCCUCUCGCCGGCGGCCCCCGACCAGCGGUGCCGCUGACGCCCGUGUCCUCCUGGGGCGGCCGCCAGGACCUCCUUUGGCCUCCGCCAGGGCCGGGGGCCUGCCCACGGCUGCGCCUCCAGGCCCAGCUGCCCUCCCCACCUCUCUGUACUUUGCUCUGUGGAGAAAAAUAAACCGUGUGU